CACAACACAUGUAUAUACCACUCGUCUGUUGUUUAUCUUAGCUCACCGAUAGUAAAUCAUUUUUUUUUGAUUCCCGGAUUUAUAAUUAAGUGCACUAUUAUCUCACAGUUUAUGAUCUCACCCUGACACUGAGAGAAACAAAAUCAUUAAAGUCGUUGAGGUCUCGGGGGAGUUGCAGCGAAAUAAAGUUGAACAGCAGAAGGACUGAAGAAUCACGUAAUUACCCAAGUCAAGACAUUAUUGCCGAAUUAAUUAAUAAUUGCUGUUUGACAAUUAAAGUGUCGUGACAACUUGCUGAUACUUCCUACGGAAUUAAAUACUCAUAUGCUGGUGAAAAUAAAUAUUUUGUGUGCCUCAGUAGCAGUUAAAGACGAGUAAAAUGGGUCUAAAUUGUUGAUAAUGAUCAUCAAAAUAUUCCAAAUUACUUUAAUCAACGAUAAACAAAUAUAUCCAAGGCAUGCAAAGUCAUUACCCGUGAAUCGUGGAGAGAAUGAGGUUAGAAGAGAUGCCACUGCGUCUCAGCUCGGAUGAUCGCAAUUUUGAAAUGGAUGAGGAGACUGAUUAUCUUCUCCAGCCAUCUGACGAUAAUUAUCCUCCCAUCAUCAAGAGAAAUAGAAGAAUGAACGCUUGUACUGGAUUUCUCAAAAAUUUUCUCUGUGGGUGCUGCAGCUGGAUGUGGAGACGAUGCUGCAGAGAACGAGAACUCCGAGCCAGGACUAUUCACAUCGGCAAGCCCAUAGGGGAAAAGUUCCCCACGAAUGUCAUCAGGAACCAAAAAUACAACAUCAUCACUUUUUUACCAUUUGUUCUCUUUCAACAAUUCAAAUUCUUCCUGAAUCUCUAUUUCCUGAUAAUGGCGAGCUCCCAGUUCAUCUCAGAAAUAAGAAUCGGUUACCUAUACACCUACUGGGGGCCACUGUGUUUUGUUCUAGCAGUGACAGUCUGUCGUGAGGCAGUGGACGACUUUCGUCGUUACAAAAGAGACAAGGAAGUCAACGGCCAGAAGUACAAACGUCUCGUGAGAGGAUCUGACACUCCCGAGUUAGUUCCCAGCUCAAAACUCAAGGUCGGAGACAUGAUAAUCGUGGAGAAGGGCCAAAGAGUCCCAGCGGAUCUGGUUCUCCUCCGUACAACCGAAAAAUCCGGAGCCUGUUUCGUCCGAACAGAUCAACUCGAUGGUGAGACUGAUUGGAAACUCCGGCUGACGAUACCCGCGACUCAGAAACUGGAGAGUGACUCUGAAUUAUUCGAUAUGAAAGCGAGCCUUUACGUCGAGAAACCCCAAAAGGACAUCCACAGUUUCAUAGGCACCUUCACCAGAGAACACGGAGGUGAAUUCAUUGAGGAGAGUCUCGGGGUGGACAACACCCUCUGGGCAAAUACUGCUGUUGCUUCAGGGUCUGCCCUCGGUGUGAUUGUCUACACAGGACAGGAGACAAGAUCCCUGAUGAAUCAUUCCGCUCCUAGAUCGAAGAUUGGACUCUUGGACCGAGAGAUAAAUCAACUGACGAAAGUACUUUUUGCUGCUGUUAUUGGUCUGGCCCUAGUUAUGAUGUGUCUCAAGGGCUUCAACGGUCCCUGGUACAGAUACAUGUGCAGAUUUAUUCUCCUGUUCUCCUACAUCAUUCCCAUAAGUCUCAGGAUCAACCUAGACAUGGGUAAAACCUUCUACGCCUGGUGCAUUCAGAGGGACAAAGAGAUAAACGGAACUGUGGUGAGAACAACGACAAUACCCGAAGAAUUGGGACGAAUCUCCUAUUUACUGAGCGAUAAAACUGGUACUCUUACGCAAAAUAAAAUGGUCUUCAAGAAAUUGCACUUGGGGACAGCAUCGUAUGGACAGGAGUCAUUCGACGAGAUAUCCACAGUCUUGAAAAAUUAUUAUCCAACUGACAGAGAGAUGAAUUGUGAAGACAGAGAUAUUAAACGAAAGAGAAACGUUCAAAACACUCCAGGAAUAUCAGGAAAAGUCAGGCGAUCUGAAAGCACUAGAAUCUACGAAGCUGUUCAUGCUCUUGCCCUUUGUCACAACGUCACCCCAGUUUAUGAUACCACAACUGCUAAUGUGAAUGACGACGCUAGUAUUACGACGAUGGAGACAGUGGACACAGGAUCGAUUCAGAGUCAGACUGAGUCAGAUCAGCAUUACUAUAAUUUUGAACAGACGAGGACCUAUCAGGCAUCGAGCCCCGAUGAGGUUGCCCUGGUCAAGUGGACCGAGGAAGUCGGUUUGACACUCUUCCAGAGGGAUCUCAAUGCCAUUCAGUUGAAGGCCGUCAACGGGGAGUUGAUGAGCUACACGAUACUCCAGAUAUUUCCCUUCACGUCGGAAACCAAGAGAAUGGGAAUAAUCGUUAGAGAUGAAUCAACUAAAGACAAGGAGAUAACGUUUUACCUGAAGGGGGCUGAUGUUGUCAUGUCGGGAAUCGUUCAGUACAAUGAUUGGUUGGAUGAGGAGUGUGGGAACAUGGCUAGGGAGGGCCUCAGGACCCUGGUCGUUGCGAAGAAAAGUUUGAGUGAGGAACAGUAUUUGGAUUUUGAAACUAAAUACAAUGCAGCGAGGUGUGCUGUCAAUGACAGGCCUUCCAGGGUGGCGGCAGUCAUUGAGAGCCUCGAGAGGGAAAUGGAGCUGCUUUGUGUGACAGGAGUUGAGGACAGACUCCAGGAGAGAGUCAGGCCGACGUUGGAACUGUUGAGAAAUGCUGGAAUUAAAAUUUGGAUGCUCACUGGGGAUAAAUUGGAGACUGCAACGUGCAUUGCCAAGUCAUCGAGACUCGUUUCGAGGACCCAGGGACUUCAUAUAUUCAAAAACGUCGUUACGAGGACUGAUGCACAUCUGGAGCUGAACACAUUCAGGAAAAAACAGGAUUGUGCACUUGUUAUCAGUGGAAAUUCUCUGGAUGUUUGUCUUCAGUAUUAUCAGACUGAAUUUAUGGAGCUGGCAUGUGGAUCACCAGCAGUCGUUUGCUGCAGAUGUUCACCGACUCAGAAAGCUGAAGUUGUUACGCUUAUUAAGAGCCACACGGGGAAGAGGACAGCAGCUGUUGGGGAUGGAGGAAACGAUGUCUCGAUGAUUCAGGCUGCAGACGCUGGGAUUGGAAUCGAGGGACUGGAGGGAAGACAGGCUUCACUGGCUGCUGACUUUUCCAUCUGUCAGUUCAAUCAUCUUGCUAAUCUGCUAUUGGUUCAUGGGAGGAGGAGCUACAAGAGGUCUGCUGCUCUCUCUCAAUUUGUCAUUCAUAGAGGGCUGAUUAUCUCCACAAUGCAAGCUGUUUUUUCAGCUGUUUUUUAUCUCUCUUCUGUCGCACUUUAUCAGGGAUUUCUCAUGGUUGGCUAUGCCACCAUCUACACCAUGUUUCCAGUUUUCUCGUUGGUGCUGGACAAGGACGUGUCCAGAAGCGUCGCCAUUAAGUAUCCAGAACUCUACAAAGACCUCAGCAAGGGAAGAUCUCUGUCGUACAAAACAUUCUUUAUGUGGGUACUCAUCAGCAUUUAUCAAGGGGGUGUCAUCAUGUAUGGAGCACUGAUAAUGUUUGAGGAUGAAUUCAUUCAUAUUGUCGCUAUCAGUUUCUCUGCUCUUGUGCUGACUGAGCUGAUUAUGGUGGCAUUGACCAUCAGAACUUGGCAUCACAUUAUGGUUAUUGCUGAAUUGACAUCUCUCGCUUUUUAUUUACUGUCUUUGUUCGUUUUAAAGGACUAUUUUGAUGCUGAAUUCAUCACGACUACUGAUUUCUUCUGGAAGGUCCUUGUUAUUACACUGAUAUCCUGCUUUCCUCUUUAUGUACUCAAAUUUUUGAGAAAAAAAUUCUCACCCCCGAGCUACACUAAGUUAUCGUAAUUUCAUUUCUGUAUAUAACGACAUGUAAAUUAUUUUUUAUAGGGAGUGAAAUAUUGAUAAGUAUUAUUGUCGAAUUUAAUCGAGGGGAAGUUUGAAAUUUUCUGGCCGGAAGGAAUUUGGCUACGUGGAGACCUAGACUUUUGAAAUUACUGUUUGGUUAUUUUCAUUGUAUGAAAAACAAUCUGUUGUAAUUGGUCAAUUGAUUAUUCUCGAUGGAGGAUAAAAUAAAAUGUUAAUAAAUUAAUUUAAUAUAUUUUUUAUUUUGUUGAUUUUA